ACAGGGUAAAAACAAUAACAGAAUACAGAGUAGUGUCACAGCUACAGGGAGGUAUAUUACAGGCAGACAACAAGGUGCAAGGUCAUAAUGAGGUAGAUUGUGAGGUCAAGAGUCCAUCUCAUCGUACAAGGGAGCCGUUCAAUAGCCAUAUAACAGUGAGACAGAAGCUGUCCUUAAGCCCGGUGAUAUGUGCCCUCAGGCUCCUGUGUCUUCUGCCUGAUGGGAGAGGGGUGAAGAGAGAAUGACCUGGGUGGGUGGGGUCUUUGAUUAUGCUGGCUGCUUCACCAAGGCAGCAAAAGGUAUAGACAGAGUCCAUGGAGGGGAGUCUGGUUUCCAUGAUGUGUUGGGCUGUGUCCAGAACUCUCUGCAGUUUCUUGCGGUCCCAGGCACAGCAUUUGCCGUACCAAGAGGUGAUGCAUCCAGAUAGGAUGCUUUCUAUGGUGCAUCAAUAACAGUUGCUGAAUGUCAAAGGGGACAUGCCAAAUUUCUUUAGCCUCCUGAGGAAGUAGAGGUGCUGGUGAGCUUUCUUGGCCAUGGGGUCUACAUGGUUGGACCAGGACAGGCUAUUGAUGAUGUUCACUCCAAAAAAACUUGAAGCUCUCAACCCUCUCGACCUCAGAACCAUUGAUGUAGACAGGUGCAUGUACACCGCCCCCUUUCCUGAAGUCAAUGACCAGCUCUUUUGUUUUGCUGACAUUGAGGGAAAGGUUGUUGUCAUGACAUCAUGUCACUAAGCUCUCUAUCUCCUUCCUGUACUCUGACUCAUCGUUAUUUGAGAUUCGGCCUACUAUGGUGGUAUCAUCUGCAAACUUGUAGAUGGAGUUAAAGGAGAAUCUGACCAUACAACCAUGAGUAUGUAGGGAGUACAGGGCUGAGGACACAGCCUUGUGGGGCACCAAUGUUGAGAAUAAUCUUGCUGGAGGUGUUGCUGCCUACCCUCACUGAUUGUGGUCUGUUGGUCAGAAAGUCAAGGAUCCAGUUGCAGAGGGAGGUGUUGAGCUCCAGGUCUCAGAGUUUGGUGAUGAGUUUGCUUGGAAUUAUAGUAUUGAAGGCAGAGCUGUAGUCAAUAAACGAUAGUCUAACAUCCAGAUGCUCCAGAGAUGAGUGAAGGGCCAGGGAGAUGGCGUCUACUGUAGGUCAGUUUUGGCGGUAGGCAAAUUGCAGUGCUUCAAGGUUAUGCAGGAGGCUGGAGUUAAUGCAUGCUAUAACCAGCUUCUCAAAGCACUUCAUGAUGGUGGCUGUCAGAGCAAGAACACUUGAUCUCUCAAUGUACCUCAUCAUAGCCCUUGCACUUUAUUUGUCUACAUGCACUGUACUUUCUCUAUAACACUAUAUUCUGCAUUUUGUUUUCCUUUAGUACUACCUCGAUGUUCUGGUGUAUGGAAGGAUCUGUCUGGAUGGCAUGCAAACAGAAGUUUUUCACUGUAUCUUGGUACAUCCGACAAUAAUAACUCCAUUACUUCAAAUGCAGUUUGUUGGCAGUAAGACACUCUGGAAGGUUCAGUGGCUAGGAAAGGAGUGCUGAAGGUCAGCUCCACAUUCUUGUUGCUCGGGGUAAUUCCACUUUAAACGUGAUCAUUAGACGAAAGAAGCAGCACAGAAGCUUGCAGUCGGCACAUUAAAACCCACUCCAAACAAGAACGUACACAAACCCUGCCCACGUCCCCAAGUCCACCCUCUACGCAUGCGUACGACCAACCCUCAUCACCGCACGUUCACCUCUACGUAUUAACGUAAGCCCCGCCCAUAUUUUGGUCCAUCCAAUCUGAACGGGGGCGCGCAAGCCCCGCCGCUUCUCCGCCGGUCAGCGUGAGCGCGCAGUGCUGCGAACGGGCGGCCAAUGAGAGCGUUGGCAUGACGAUGGCCGGCCUUCUGAACCGGAGCCGCCUCCGCUUGUGCCCACUGAUCUACCGGUUUGCUCACUACCCGAGGACGACAAGCGUCAGGAGACUGCGGCAUGCGGACAGCCGCUCACCCACGAAUUUCCAUUCAGAAAGAUGUUUAACACUCCAAAGAAAAGAAAUCCAUUCCUCGAUUCUGAGAAGAAUGGAAAAUACAAGCUUAUUGGAUGAAACUACCUAUGAAAAAAUUGCAGAGGAAACACUGGACCUUUUAUCUGAUUUCUUUGAAGAUCUUGCAGAUCGACCUUUUGUUCCAAAAGACUAUGAUGUAACACUUGCGACUGGUGUGCUGACAAUAAAGUUGGGUGAAUCCUUGGGGACUUACGUGAUUAACAAACAGACUCCAAACCGACAGAUCUGGCUAUCAUCUCCAUUCAGUGGGCCUAAACGAUAUGAUUGGAAUGGAAAGAAUUGGAUCUAUUCUCACGAUGGAGUUUGUUUACAUGAACUGCUCACAAAAGAGUUCUCCAUGAUGUUCAAGACCAAAGUGGACGUACUUGCAGUCGCUGAUAUGAGUUAUGUGUGACCCUGCAGGAAACCUUAAGAAAUGAUUCUGAAGAAAUAUUUUGCAGAAGAUAAUCUUUGUAACAAUUAUUAUGUAUGGAACCUUAUUCUUUGGAUGGGAACUGGAUUGCAUUCAAUAUAUGUAAUCCUGACUAAAUCACUGCACUUCUUUUCUAUGGAGUCUUGCUUAUCGCGAAAAGACUGGAAACUCUUCCAUUACAGUUAAUAUGCGCAAGGAAUAUAUUUUGUUUUCUUAGUUUGGGGUUUAAAAAGAUUUCAUUUUAUUCCUAGGUUAAUUCUGAAUUGUGAUACAUGCCCGCCAACGUAUACUUUCCAAGAUAAGCUGCUGGUUUGUUUCCUAAAUUUAGUUUAACUAUAAAUUUGUAAUCUAUUGGAAAAUAAUACUGGAUAGUCGGCUUAUUUGCUGUCAAUCAAUUAUGACAAUUUUCUAAAACUUUGUUCUGCCACAGCAUGGAAUUCAAAUGCCAAUUCAAAACUAUUUAACCUUGAAAAUCCUUGAUUUUUUUUAAAUCUGGUUUUUCUUAUAUUUUAUGAUUUAGAGAAAAAUGAUAAUUUUAUCCAUUACCAAAUGGAUAAAUGUUCCUUUCCAGGUUCCUGCUGGGGAGCUGCGUGUGAAAGGAAAGCAGGUUGGAUAUUCAAGGCUGCAGCCUUGCAGUCCUAUUCCCAGCUCAGUUUUGGUAUGGAGAAGUGAAUUGACUGAAACAUCAAAAGCAAGGAAUCCGUAUCUUUUAUUUUCUUCUAUUUAUUUUUAGGUUAUUAACUAAAUCAUAUUUCCCAAGCGCUGGUAUCUGUCAGGAAAGGAAAUCACCCUUGUUUCCACAAUAGCUGAACUUGCCCUCUUUGUCCUGGUUGAUAAGAUACCUUGUCCUCGACUCUGGUGGGAAAUGUUUCUUAGGUUGCCAAUUGUUUGAAAGGUAGGGUAAAACUUCAGUUACUUUUCACUCACCAAAAACAAACUGUACUAUCUUUCAGCAACAAAAUGUAAUAUUAAUAUAGGAGUAACUGGAUGAGUAGGCACAUCCGCAGUGACGCGAAAGGACUAAAGAAGGAGGGAAAAAAUAACACUAAAUUUGCUUACGACUUCUGUGGAUGGGAAUGAGUAUACAGUCUGAAAACCAACCUCAAGGGCCAGUCUCCACAGUAUGUCCUCUGAGGCUGCCUUCUAAUUUUUUUCUUUCAUAUGGUUAUAGUUAACAAUGGCAAAAAAAUGCUGCAUUUUGAAGUUGCAUAUUGAGGUUUAAUAGCCAAUUGACUUCCACCUAGGCUAAGUGGAUUGCUUCAGUUCCUCCAUGAUAUGUAAGUUUAGGACAGGAAUUUAUAAUGUGACUCAUUAACUGUACUUCACUGCAAAGAGUUUAAGUCUGUGUUGUGCCAUUUUGGUCAAUAAUAAACCCAUCUUCCAUGUCCAAACAAAUCUUGCUCAAUUGUAGGUGGAAACACAGGAUUCUUCAAAUACAGUGAAUUUACAGAAAGACAAAUCUAAUUGGCAUGGAGGUGGAUUGAACAGUGUGUCUCCUUCCCCAUUGAAAGCUGGUGAAACUCAACAGCCUUAAGUGAAUAAGAAUUGCCUUUGAAUUACCAAAUUUCUUCCCCACGUCCUCGGGGGGGAAGUGUUAUUAUUCAGAUUGUCCAUGGAUGAUACAGGCAUUUGUACCAUCCGUGGACAAUCUGAAUAACAACACUUUGACAAGCCUCUAGUGAGUUAAUUUUAGAACUGAGCUGCAGGGCCAUGUUUUGACUCUUUUGUGAGUGAAACUGCUGGUCAGGAAGUAAUUUACAUUGAAGCAGGAGCAGGGAGAAGAAUCCAGCAAAAUCAAUAUUAUUUAUUCAUGGAAAUUUGAUUUUUGAAUAAAUCUAUAAAAUACAGGAAAUGAAAAAUCACUAUUUGCUUCAAUUAUAUUAGUAAAAUAACUACUCUUUGUGUUUUAUGUAAUAUGGAAGCAACAACUUGCAAUUGCAUCUUGCUUUCAAUGUAGCAAAGCACUUCAGACUAGAGCAAAUCAGCAGCCAGUGGGAAGGUUGAAGAUGCCCUUGAAGUAGUUCAAAAAAUGUCCUAGUGUCCUGACAGACCCAUCAAGGAAAGUUGCAACUUCCCCUGCCCUGUCAUCGCUAACCCUCAUCUCCCAGCAGUGAAAAUGUCCCGUUCAAAAGACUCGGAUAGAGAACUGAAGGUUGUUGAAGCAGUAAAUAAGAAGUGAAGUACCUUUUGCUACCCUGAGGCAUCCCAAAAUGCUUUGUAGCCAGAGUAAUACUUUUGAAGCAAAAGCCAAACUGCUACAGGAACUUAGUGGGUCAGGCAGCUUCUGUGGAGGCAAAGGGAUGGUCAACAUUUUGGGUCAAGACCCUGCAUCAGGACUCCGUCAACUAUCCCUUUGCCUCUACAGAUACUGCCUGACCCACUGAGUUCCUCCAGCAGUUUGGUUUUUGCUCCAGAUCCCAGCACCUGCAGUCUCAUGUAUCUCCAUUUUAUCGCUCCACUAUGAAGUCUCUUCAAGGUAUGCCCUCUUUGAAUAAAUUUUCCUGCAGUCCUGAUGGUUUAUUAUUAUUAUUGUCACUUGUACUGAAGUACAGUGAAAAUCGUUCAUACAAAUCAAUUCAUUACACAGUGCAUUGAGGAAGUACAAGGUAAAACAAUACAGAAUGCAGAAUAAUGUGUCACAGCUACAGAGAAAGUGCAGUGCAGGCAGACAAUAAGGUGCAAGGUCAUAACGAGAUAGAUUGUGAGGUCAAGAGUCCAUCUUAUCGUACCAGGGAACCAUUCAAUAGUCUUAAAACAGCGGGAUAGAAGCUGCCCUUGAUCCUAGUGAUAUGUGCUUUCAGGCUUUUAUAUCUUCUGCCUGAUGGGAAAGGGGAGAAGAGAGAAUGUUCAGGGCGGGUGGGGUCUUUGAUUAUGCUGGCUGCUUUACCGAGACAGCAAGAAGUAUAAACAGAGUCCAUGGAGGGGAGGCUGGUUUCCGUGAUGUGCUGAACUGUGUCCACAACUCUCUGCAGUUUUUUGCAGUCCCGAGCAGAGCAAUUGCUAUAGCAAGCCGUGAUGCAUCCAGAUGGAUGCUUUCUAUGGUACAUCGAUAAAAAUUGGUGAGUGUCAAAGGGAACAUGCCAAAUUUCUUUAGCCUCCUGAGGUUUCUUGGCCAUGGCAUCUACGUGGUCGGACCAGGACAGGUAAUUGGUGAUGUUCACUCCUAGGAACUUGUAGCUCUCAACCCUCUCAACCUCAGCAUCAUUAAUGCAGUGUCUCAACCUGAAACAUUGACUAUCCCUUUGCCUCUACAAAUGCUCUCCGACCCACUGAAUUCCUUUAGCAGUUUUUUUUCUCUCCAGAGCCCAGCAUCUACAGUCUCUUGUGUCUCCAUAGUACUUCUGAAGUUUGGUCACUGUUGUAAUGAAGUAAAUAUUGAAGCCAAUUUGUGCACAGUCAGCUACUGCUAACAUCAGUGAAAUAAAUGACCAGAUAAUCUUUUUGUGAUGGUAAUUGACAAAUAAAUAUUGAA